CAACCAUUAACUGACAGUCUGACACUGCAACAGAUUCGAUUUUCUCGUUAAAAGUUGAAAGGAUGAUGUAGAAGCUGUGUAGCUAGCUAUACAUGUAUGGCUACAGUUUCGCUACCUCGCAACUGUGGCUGUUUGUUGAAUAGCGUGGAUUUUCUUCACACCCGCACCACAUACUACUCUUCCACCUUCAUCACUUGUCUUACUUCCAGGAGAAGAUAUAGCAGAUGCUCCUUUGCAAAGAAUUCCACAAGAAAUGGAGGAGAGGCAGUUAGAGAUGAGGCUGGAAAUGAAGGAGGCGAGAAAAACUCCAAGUUUAUAGCAUCCAGGAGUGGUGUGCUUCAAGCUUGCACAAUAACCUCUGCUCUGAUUGCUGCAUUGGGAGUGGCCAUACGGCAGGUGUCUCAUGUUGCAUCAGCUGAAGGGUUGCCAAUUUUGGAUUGUUCCUCACAAGUAUCAUUUGGUUUUGAGAUGUGGCAUCUUGAGUUGAUUACAGGACUUGUAGUGUUUAUAUCAUCAUCUCGCUAUUUGCUGUUGAACACAUGGACAGAUUUUGCCGAUUCAAGCCAGGCAGCUAAUCUGCAGGUCCUUAGCUCUCUUCAACCCCUGGAUUACAUGUUUGUUGCAUUCCUUCCCGGGAUUAGUGAGGAACUACUUUUCCGAGGUGCCAUUCUGCCGCUUUUCGGAAUGAACUUGAACGGUGUUGGGGUGGCUGCCUUGAUCUUUGGUGUUUUGCACCUAGGCAACGGUCGAAAGUCGUCCUUUGCCAUCUGGGCAACCUUUGUUGGUCUUGCUUAUGGAUACGCUACAAUUUUAUCCUCUAGCCUUGUAAUUCCCAUGGCCUCUCAUGCACUCAACAACCUGAUUGGAGGGCUAUUAUGGCGGUACACAUCAAAUGCAUCGUCACAGAAAUGAAACUCGCGAUUCAUCAUCUUCACUUGGAGCCGAAACUGUUUGUGUCUAAAUUGGUUGUGAAUAUUUGUUAUUGUUAUUGUUAUGAUUAUUAUAUAGACUGUAAAGAAGUAUGUGAAGGAACCAGUUUACCAUAAAUAGGCAAGUGUAAUUUGUAACUGAAACAGCAUCACUUAAUCUUGAAAUAUUAGCAUCCAUAUUUAGCA